AGUUCUGGGAAGGCAAACAAAUUGAUUGACGGUAGUAUAGAUGUAGGUAGGGGUAGGGUGAGGACAAGGUAGGGACGGUAGGUUUCAAAUAUGUUUGAUAGUUCCAUUCCAGAGCCUAUUCAAAACAUAAUCGAAUUUUUACAAUCUACUAUAUAUCUAAUCCAAGCUUCUGUCUGUUGUUUUAAGACAGUUUCAGUUUAAAAAAAUGGAAAAACUUUUUUAAAACUGUGUCUAGCUAAGUAAAAAAAAUAAAUCAUUGUACCUAAUUGUCAUUUAUAAUCAACCCUACGUUUACACCAUUUAUUAAAAAAUCUUAAAUUCGAUAUAUUUUAUAAAACAGUUUACAUAUUUUGUUAAUCUUAGGAGAUUUCAAUUUUAAUUUUAGAGUGAUAUAGGCAACAGGCAACAAAUAUUAUUACUAUAGAUGUAACAAUGGAAUUUUUUGGAAUAUCUUUAUAUGGACCACAAAACUACAUUAAAGACCAAUUAAACGAUAAUUAUCAUGAACCUAGAUCAAAAGCAGAAGUAAAACCUCUAAUGGAAAAGGUUAUUAAUAGUUCUUCACUUCCGAUUAAGUUAUCAAGACCUGAUAUAAACACAAUACGAAUAGUUGACAUAUAUAUUGGCAGAGUAGAUGGUUUCGCAUAUGGUUCAACUCAAAGAUUCAUGAAAAUGAAACGUAAGGGUGUUAUAAAGCCCGUUGGCCCAGCAGAUAUGUAUAGACUACCGUCGACUUCUUCGUAUGAGUAUGGAUGGUGGCAACAUGAUCCAGCUAUAACUAGUUCUGAUUGGCAUGUCACUUCUAUCAGAUACCCCCAACCUGUAUCUCCAUACAGUCGUGUUCUAGAUGUUGUUAAAAAAAAUAAUAAAUAUGCUACCCUGUUUUGAGGAACAAAAAGUCUAAAGUUAACGCAAAA